ACUGUAAACAUUUUCUUUUUAGUCAUUUUCUCUUCAGUUUUACGGGUUAAAUGCCAAAUGUUCCCAUCUAAACGAAAAAUUAGAUUAAUUAAAAAUACAUAUAACAGAACUCUUAACAGCAACCGUUUAUUUUAUUCUGAAAGUCCCAGAGCAUGAAGUUCACGGCGCCGCUUUGACUUCCACACAGUUAGUCGCCCCGCCCCCUGCUCCUCACCUGAGACACUCACCUGGGUACCUGCGGUGCCAGUGCGCACAUCGAGCCGCCGGCGACCAGACCCAAGACGCCCGGCCGGCCGCCCGAGCCCGCACCCCCCAUCCUCCCUCCCCCCCUCCCGGAGGAACUCGGACCCGCGAUGGCGGAGUCCCAGCUGGUGUGCAUGGACGAGGGCCACGUCAACGAGAAGGUCCCGGAGACCGCGCCGGCGUUCUACUACAGCGAGGAGCAGCGCGCCGCCCUGGAGCAGCUCCUGAGGAACGGGGACGGCGCCUUCAAGACGCGCCUGCGGGAGGACCACGUCAAGGACUUCCUCUCGGCCCGGGAGGUCGCCUUCCUCCGCAAGACCUUCCGGGAGUACGACACGGACAGCGACUGCGAGUCCGGAGAGCACGAGCGGGCCAAGGAGACCCCCAGCGCGGACUCGGGGGUCCACUCCACCUACUGGCCCGAGAUGUCCGACACCGAGGUGCCGUCCCUGGACAUCGGCUGGCCCGCCGGCCGGGGCGCGUACAAGGGGGUGACCCGGGUGUCCGUGUACUCGCACCCCCCCAAAGAGUCCGGGCCCCACAUCAAGCAGGUGGUGAGGGGCCUCAUACAGGAGGCCCACAAGGUGGUGGCCAUCGUCAUGGACCUCCUGACAGACCUGCAGAUCCUCCAGGACCUGCUGGACGCCGCGGCGCGGCGCGGGGUGGCCGUCUACGCCGUGCUGGAGGCCGGGGGCGUGCCCCACUUCCUGGACAUGUGCAGCCGGCUGCAGAUCAACGCCAUGCAUCUGCGGAACCUGCGCGUGCGCUUGGUGAGCGGCUCGGGGAUGGCGCUGUCCUUUGGGAAGCUGCCCGGGACGCUGUGCUCCAAGUACAUGCUGGUGGACGGAGAGAAGGUCCUGUUCGGGUCCUACAGCUUCACCUGGAGCUCCUCCCGCGUGGACAGGAACACCGUCACCGUGAUGUCGGGGCAGAUCGUGGACUCCUUCGACACCGACUUCAGGGAGCUGUACGCCGUGUCCGAGGAGGUGGACCUCUACGGCGAGUUCAACGUCACCAAGCCGCCGAUCGCCGCGCCCAUCAGGAAGCCGAAGGUGGAGAGAAUCCAGCCCCUGGCCGUCUCCAUGUCUCGCUUCCAGGUGUCCGUCGGGGACUCCAGACAGGCGGACCUAAAGGUGCCCGCUCAUAAAUACCACAAUCCCAAGUACUCGCUGGUUUUCGGGAAGGGCGCGGCCCUCACGGGUUCGCUGCAGGACCUGUCGACCCCGAGGGACCCGCUCGGCGGCGGGCAGAACGCCAGGAACGGCCCGCAGAACCACGCAGGCCGAGCCCCCCCGCAGAGUCCCAGUUCGCCCGCGGGGGAAGACGACGGGGACGGGGCCUCCAAGAAGAACCAGCUCUUCAGCGCCAAGAAGCAGCGCAGCUCUUUCAGGAGCUUUUUGAAAUCCAGGGGAGGGACGGAGACUUUGCAGGAAGGCGUGGUGACCCCCCAGGUGGCCACGCCCACCCGGAAGGUGUCGGAGACCAGCGGAGUCGCAGGCGAUGAGGCGGAGGACUCGUUUGAGAUCAUUGAGAUACGCGCGCCAAUGAACUCCAAAACCAAGAAGCCCUCAAAGCUCCUCCCGAGAAGCGUGUCUCUGCAGACCAUCAACACGGGAGACGAAGACGGGUCUAAAGGUCGCUGGAGGCAUCAGAAGAAGAACUGCAUCCAGUCGUGAGAUCGGCCUCGCUGAAACCCGAUGACAUCCCGCUCCCGAGGCUCUCCGGGUGAAAGGCCUGCUGGGAGAUUUCGUGUUUUAGAGUGAAACUCCGGAGGGACAUUCCAGCAGUGUGUCCUUUGUAUUAAAUUAAUACAGCCGAGUCCGAAGGGACGGCGCCCAGAGGCUUUGGGGGGGGGGUUACGUCACACCUGGUUGCCGUGGCGAUGAGUUGUGCCGUUGGGCCCCGAGUGUCGCCUUACAGAGGAGCCUGUGAAUAAUGCACGCCGGGCCGCGGCGCGAGGACUCUGCACGUUUACACUUUCAGCAGAAAAUGAACAAAAUGUGAAUUCCUGAGAUGCAAAUAAUCCUUCUUCUGUAGCAGAAAUUGUCAUGAAAUAAUCAGUGAAAACUGAACAUUUAAGUAAAAGUUAAUGAAUGUGUGUAAUUCCAGGAAUAAUGAAUAGUUUGUGUUUUAUUGCUUGACCUUUUUUAAGUUCUUUCAUAAUGAGUUGCAGAAAAUGAUGUAUCGUCUAUUUGAGGUUGAAACGUGGUGUUUAUCUCUUUACGUGAUCGCUGGUGACCAUGAACUAUUUUUAUAUUUGGUCAAAUGUCUAAAAAGGCCAAAACAAUGUGUUUUAGACUCUUCAUUGCGUUAUAAACAGCGUUUCACUGUGUUUUCUUUACUUCACAGGCUAAAAAAUGUGAAAGCAGGGCAAUGACAUGUUUGUAAAAUAUAUGCAUUUUCCUAAUAUUUACACACAUUUCUUGAAAAGUUUAUAUCUGCAAUGAUUUAAGAGAAUUACUUUUUAAACAUUAAUAUUAAUACAAAAGAUUACACUCGA